UCGCCGCGAUGGCGUCGCCGCUGCCGCUGCGGCUGCUGCUGGCCGCCGCUCUGCUCGCCUCCUGCGCCGCCCAGCUCGACUACGCCGAACCGCCCAAGAAACACUUGGUGUUAAAAUGGGCAGACCAGCUUGGGGAUGAACUAUGGAGACUAACUACAUCAGUAACAAGAGCACAUGAUGUUCGAGCUAGAUACAAAUACUUGAAUGCAAGUGUCAAGGAGAGAAGUGGUGCUGAACUUCUUAAAGCUAUGAUUGAGAAUGUUGAGCGAAUGCUCAAGUCAAAAAUUGUUUCUGUCAAGUGUAUAAUGCAGAAAGCAGAGCAGCUGGCUGAAAGCUUUGACCCUCUCGAUUAUGUGAACUUCACAUAUCACAGUGCAAAAUGUUCUCCUGUCAAUGAUGAGCCAUCAGACUCAGAAUCAUGUGAUGAUAAAUAUCCGUAUGCCCCAAUGUAUCUGGAACCUGAUCGACAGUUUAGCAGCAUUCCUGUAAACAGGAGUCACAGUUCAGUCCACAUGCCCACCAACGUUUUUGAUUUAGGAGGGGAUGUUUAUGAUGGAAUUAAGUGGUCAGAGGGGCUGGAUGAAGUAUUCAUUCAGAAUCUUAAGAGUGAUCCUACCAUAUCUUGGCAACUAUUUGGUGGUGCUACAGGAUUUAUGAGGAUGUUUCCAGCCAUGAAGUGGGCACAACCAAUAGAUCUGUUUGACUGCCGCACACGCUCCUGGUAUAUUGAAGCUUCAACUUGCAGCAAGGAUGUUGUCGUCCUGAUGGACACCACGGGAUCAAUGAAAGGCCUGAGGCACACGAUUUCCAAACACACAGUGCGCUCUAUUCUUGAUACACUUUCCAAUAAUGACUUUGUUAAUGUCUUCAACUUCUCAGAGAGAGCCCAGGAGACUGUGCCAUGUUUCAAGAAUAUGCUAGUACAGGCUACUUUGGAAAAUGUAAACACCCUGAAAGAUUCCUUGGAAAUAAUUGACACAGAAGGAGUUGCCAAUUUUUCCCAGGCAUUUAUUCAGGCCUUCAAACUUCUGGAGAAAUCUAGAAAUGAACGUGACUGUGGAGGAAAUGGUACAAGACUGACCUGUAAUCAGGCUGUGAUGCUGAUUACAGAUAGUGUAACAGGCAACAUAACUGAGGUUUUUGAGAUAUAUAACCGUUUAAAUAAUGGUAGUACAAUUCCUGUCAGAGUCUUUACAUUUCUAGUUGGUAGAGAAGUUACAAAAGUCAUGGAAAUUAAGUGGAUGGCGUGUCUAAACAGAGGUGUAUUCAAACACAUUCAGAGUCUCAAUGAAGUGCGAGAGACGGUGUUUCAGUACAUCCCAAUAGUUGCACAACCAUUAGUCUUGCAAGGCGAGGUACAUCCUGUUGUGUGGACCCAUGCAGAUGCUGAUGUUGAGGAUCCAAAGCUAGCAAAAUGGCUAUUUGAUGUGAUGGAAAAUUUAGAACAGAAAGAAAAGCUAGAUAAACAUUUCCGAAAUAAAGAACUGUAUUUCAGCCAACGUGAGGAGGACAAUGUUUAUAAGCAGACUGUAGUCAAGAAAGUAUGGGAACCAGAUGAAAUCAAAUUCCAGGAAUACCAUCUUGUUACUUCAGUGUCUGUUCCAGCAUUUGAAAGAAGAAUGGAGUAUACAACAGAUAACAAGACAGAAGCUCCUUCUCUUCUUGGUAUUGCAGGGAUUGAUGUUCCUAUUCCUGAAAUUGAGAAACUCACAAUGUCUUACAAAAUUGGUGUCAAUGGAUAUGCUUUCAUAGUUACAAAUAAUGGUUAUGUUUUACUUCAUCCUGACCUUCGCCCAGUGUCAUAUGGUUACCUGAAAGACAACUACAAUAGUGUAGACCUGACUGAAGUGGAACUUUUUGACAGCAUGUCACCUGCUGCACCACCUCGAGAGUUGCCAGAAAAAAUACUAGAGCUGAGGGAGAGGAUGGUAAACCAUGAAGAUGGAGAAAUAUUAAACAUUUCCAUGAAAUAUCACUAUGAUGACAUGCGACGUGUGAUGAGCGAAGAACGGAACUACUAUUUUUCCGGGUUGGAAGGCACUCCAUUUAGUCUUGGGAUUUCUUUGCCUGAAGGUUAUGGCAAAUUUUAUUUAAGAGUGAAUGACAUAAUAAAAGAUCAUGCUCGGAAAGGGAAGCCAGUUACCAAUUACUUCCAAGGAAAUAACUGGAAAGUGCAUCCAAACUGGUUGUAUUGCAGAUACUUCCAUGGCUCUCUCCACAACUUUACUUCACCAGAAAGAGAAGUGUACCACUUCUUGGAGAGUAUGAGCAGUACGAACUUUCAGUGGAAGGAAAUGUUUGCUGGUGAUCCCAUAGGUCAAGAAGAGGAUUACUCCACACGCUCAACUACACCUGUGAACUGUGACAGACCAGAAAUUACAGAAGAUGAAUAUUACUGCGAGAAAGAACUGAUGCAAAUGUUAGUGUUUGAUGGAAGACUGACCCAUGAAUUCUUUGGUGACAGUUGGUCAUUUGAGAACACUGAAAAGUAUUUAAUAAAACUUUACAACACUAGCCUUAAAUUUAUGGCAACACAGAGUGGACUAACAAGAUGGCAGUAUAUAAUGGAUACAGAAGAAGGCAAGGAUGAAAUCUCAGAGUUUGGUGACCUUUUCCCUCAUUCUGUGGACGAGGCAUGGUACAAAGCUGCAGUCAUUGAGCAUAAACACGAUCCAGAGUCAGUUGUCAUUUCUGCUCCUUUUGAUGCAGGUAGAAAGGAUGAUGUUCCCAUAACUAUGAGUUAUGCCAUAUUUCCACGAGAUGCUGGUAAGGAGGCACCAGCAUCUGUAGUAGGACUUCAGAUACAGCACAGGGCUCUUUAUGAUCGAUUCAUGUCCAUCACAGAAGAGGGUACUCACCACUACAAUGAAACUUGUGCACAUGAAGGACUGGACUGCUACUUACUUGAUAGCAAUGGCUAUAUAGUGAUCUCAGAGACACUGGAACAUACUGGCCAAUUUUUUGGGGAAGUGGAGGGUGCUGUGAUGAAAGAAAUGGUGGAGCAAGGCAUUUUCAGAGAAAUUCCAAUCUAUGAUUAUCAAUCAUUGUGCUUCACCAUGGUCCCAGACAGUAGUGCUGCUGGUGGACUCUGGACACCUAUUGCAUAUGUGCAGUGGCUUAUCAGUGAGCUACUGUUGGCUUUGCUCCGAAUAAAUGUACAGCAGCUCUGGUCUCUAAACUGGGCAACAGCCACACCUCUUGCAACAUUUGGGCCUACUACUGAGGCCCCAAAGAAAAAGAUGAAAAUGAAGAGGGUUGCCAAACCAUGUGAUCAGAAGUACAACUUAUAUGUGUUUCAUCCAGAGAACCUGGAAUGUGAAGAUUUCCAGUUUAUCCCAAGUCACUGUUCGAGACCAUUCAUUCCAUGCCGUGUUCCACACACAAGUCUACUACUGGUUGUGGUGGAUUCUAUGCGUCCAACUUGCUUUAGCCAUCUGAGUGCUAAGUCUGAAUUAGUGGACUACAAUGAUACAGAACACCCCUGCCACAAACUACCACUGAACAAACUACCUCGGAGUCGGUUCUCUGCAUGUUUCACUGAAGAUCCAAGGGAGGAAUUGGAUAAGUACUGUGGGGCAGCUGCAGAAACAAAAGCCAGCCAUUUCGCUCUGAGUCUGUGUGGAAUUAUGUUAUAUGUCACUUCCAAGAUACUCUGAUGCUGGCUGUGACUGUUUUGGGCGACUCAGAACAGUCACAAGUUAUAUAAAUACCUGUUCACGAGACAGGUUUUGUUCACCUGACUGUUACAUUUCUUUAAUUAUAUGGUCCAGAAAUUCCAAGAUAAGAAUCUCAUUGUAUGGUGAUCCAUAUUACUGUUCAACACUUGUGUUUAUUUGCUAUUGCUGCACAAAUUUUUAUAGAACCAAACCAGAUGAACAUGUAAAAACAAUAUACACACAUUAAAAAUGAAAUGUUCUCACAGGAAUAAAGUUCUACACUUUGUAACAAAGUGUGAUUGAUAUGAAUUCUUUUUUAAAAACAAAAUUCAAACUUGUGCUAUGAUUUCCUUUUAAAUAUAAUGUUAUGAAGUGAAAUGUAUAAGAAAGAAAACAGUUUUUUAAGUUAGUUGAGUAAUAUUAUAAAGCUGUUGAAUAACGGGGGUCCUAAUAUGACAAUGAUGCAUUAAGAAACACCAUUAUACAGCACCUAAGUUAUAUGUUUGAAUAUAUCUGUGGUGAAUGUUAUGAUACAAGCAUUAGUAAAAGUACAAACAUGUUACAAAACCAGUAAGACAAUCAGAAUUUCCAUGCAGAUUAUUCAGAUGACCUGGUUUAUGUACAUUAAAUAUGAAGUAACUUUUUACUCAUAAUGAAAUACCAUUUACAAAGAAGAAUGAUUUUUUAUGGAGAUGUGAUAAGUGCUGUAGAAAAAGACAUGUAAAAAAUAUGGUUCUUUCAUGUAAAUAAAAACUGCAGUUGUCUAUCUUACAUCCUGGCACAUUCUCAAUUGUUAAAGCAUAGCAUUGUAAUUUUUAUUUAGACAAUACAGUCAAAAAUACAAGAAAAUAUAAGACAUAAACACAAAAUAGACAUAAACACAAAAUAGACAUAAACACAAAAUAGACAUAAACACAAAAUAGACAUAAACACAAAAUAGACAUAAAUACAAAUGGUCACUAAACUGACAAGCAGUUGUUAUAUGUUAAUGUACAAUCUCCUUAUCCAGUUGAGGCUUGAUGGUGUAGCCAUGAAAAAGUUGUUUGGAUCACUCAGGUAGACUCUCAGUUUAAACUCCUUGACAACUCCACAAUCAUAGCUUGGGCUGGACUGCUUAUCCCAUUUGUGCAGGUUGUAUGCACACACUGUGUGUCCUGUCUGGAUGUGAUUUAUAUUGUUUUGCACAUGUUCUGGGAGUUGGAAAUCCUUAUAGCUCCGUAGGGUCAGUAUGAUGUCUCAUUCUAUAUGAAGCAUUCAUAGUUUAGGUUUCAAGCCAUUUGCUGUCAAUGAUGAAUUUGCUAUCAAGAAGCUGUUGGGCCAGUUGCAGGCCUGGAUUUGUGGAACAUAGUCAAUUUGUUGUCAACCCAGGAAUGUCUUCAUAGAUGUGAAGUUGAAGAUUGUUAAUUAUUUUGAAAUAUUCCUUCAAUAGGACUUCUUGUCCUCUUAACAUAGGUGGGGCUAUAUAGCAGGGUGUUGGAAGCCAGUUAAUGGAGUUGUUCUUAUGCAUCCAGAGAUGAUUCCCAUGGUUGUAUUGAGCUCAGUGUGUGUCUCAUUUAUGUGAGGGCUGUUCAACUACAGUGGAGCGCAGUAUUCAGCCUCAGAAGAUACUAAACUGACUGCAGAAGUUUGAAAAGUGUCUGCUUAUGCUCCCCAGUUACUACUGCAGAGUUUACAGAUAGGGUUGUUUUGUGUGUUUAUUUUCCAAGAAGUUUUUCAAAAUGCUUCCUGAGAGAUAGUGUCCUUUCAAGGGUUGUUCCAAGAUGACAUGGAUGACUCUAGUAGGGAAGCACUGUGUCAUUCACAAGGACCUCUAAUUCAUUGUGAGCUGGUCUAUUGUAGAAGUGGAAUGUACCGACUUUGGUUUUAGAAAGAUUGGGCACAAGUCUCCCAAUUGUAAAAUGUUUAUGUAGUUGGUUGAGUUAAUUAGUUAAAGAGUAUUUUAAGCACUUUUGAACUCCUUAUGCUGAAAUGUAAGUGCUGGAUUGUCAGUAUAUCCAAAUUUCUUUGCGCUGG